AGUUCCUGGAAAAAGAUAGGGAAACUGCACAGCUCCAUCCCUCCUGCUGGUUGAGAGCCCAGCAGGUAUCCCAGUCUGACAGCAUGAAAUUACACGGAUGGUAUUCCAUGUGUCUUCCCAUUUCCUUGACAAUAAUGUGCCUGGCGAGCAGUCCAUCACAAUCCGCUCUCGGGACGGGAGGGAGAGAAGGGGAACACAUUCGAAUCAAAGCGAUCAAGAAGGCAGUCAUGGAGCAACUGCGGAUGAGGAGGCAGCCCGAGCCAGCAAUAAAGGAGGAGAAAAUGUACCAACUUUACCUGCAACGUGUGAGGAGCUCAGACCUGACCAACAGGGAACCUCGCCUGAGGAUGGACACUGUCAGCAUGUUUGUGCACAAGGGAACAAUUUUGGAAAACAGCGGUGGGACAGUAAAUUAUUUCACCAGUGACAAACAACGGGUGCACUUUAACCUCACUACCACCAAGAACAAACUUGUCUUUGGCAAAAUAAAGAUUUCACGAGGUGAACUUAAAAUCUACAGGCGCGACGAGCAGAAUCCAAACUUACUGGAGAAAAGGAAGUAUGGAACACUGCAGCUUGUCAAAGUCUACCAAUUGCUCAAGCCUGCAAUUGAAAGGAAAGAAUUUCAGCGCCAUCUUCUUGGUUCUAGACUCAUUAAGACAAAUUCUGAAAAGGCCGAAAUGGUUGACAUUCGAAAAACUGUUCAGCAUUGGAUAAACUACCCACAGGAAAAUUUUGGUCUUGAAAUUGUACAGUUUCCUCGGCUUCCCAGCAGUAAACGUGACCUAAACGACAAAGCAACUAUUGAAGCAGAGUUGGAAAUAGAAACACAGAAGGUUUUCAAAGAAGUUCGCCAACGCCGUGAAAGUGACACUGAAGACUGUCAGAGAAAUCAGGUCCAGUGUUGUAGACGGGCACUAAAUGUGUCAUUUGAAGCGAUCGGAUGGUCAGACUGGGUCAAGGCCCCCCUAAAUUAUAAUGCCUUUUACUGCGAUGGUACUUGUCCACCUAAGUACAAACUUGCCACAAUGCAUACACUGAUCCAAUCAAAUAUGAAUCGCGUUUCCCAUGGAGCUGUUCGUACUCCCUGCUGUGUCCCCGCCUCCUAUGAACCACUAACUCUUCUCCAUUUUAACAGUGAUCGGAAAUUAACAGCUACAGCAUUUGAUGACAUGAUUGUGUCUAAAUGUCAUUGUUCCUAA